CUUACAAGCUCCAGUUUAGAGAGCUCCAGUUUCCAAGACGACUGGGAAGGCCACGGCCUAUUUGACAGACAACCGGGAAAUCCAGACAGAACUGCCAGUCCUGUGUUAAUCAGUCAUGAAGGAAUGCCCACUUUAAAUCAGCAAGCAUCCUUUACUUUCUACCAGACAAAGUCCUGUAGAUACAAUAAACGUAAAAAAGACUUCUGGCAAGAGGAAUUCCUUAGUAAUCAAGGAAUUCCUACUAAUGAGAAGCCCUACAAAUGUAGGGAAUGUGGGAAGGCCUUUAAAUAUGGUUCUCGACUAGUCCAGCAUGAGAAUAUUCACUCUGGCAAGAAGCCUUAUGAAUGUAAAGAAUGUGGGAAGGCUUUCAAUUCUGGCUCAAAUUUCAUACAACACCAGCGAGUUCAUACAGGUGAAAAACCUUAUGAAUGUAAAGACUGUGCUAAGGCCUUCAGUCGAAGCUCGCAGCUGAUUGAGCAUCAGCGAAUCCAUACCGGGGAGAAACCCUAUCAAUGUACGGACUGUGGCAAGGCCUUCAAUCGGAUUUCACAUCUUAAAGUGCAUCACAGAAUUCAUACUGGGGAGAAGCCCUAUGUGUGUAAGCAGUGUGGGAAGACCUUCAGUCACAGGUCUCAGUUGAUUCAGCAUCAGACUGUUCAUACUGGCAAGAAACUCUAUGAGUGUAAAGACUGUGGGAAGGCUUUUAAUCAAGGAUCCACUCUUAGCCGACAUCUGAGAAUUCAUACCGGAGAGAAACCUUAUGAGUGCAGGGCAUGCGGCAAGACCUUUAGAGUGAACUCACAGCUCAAGCAACAUCAGAGAAUCCACACUGGAGAGAAACCCUACCAGUGUAAGGUUUGCAGUAGGGCCUUCAAGCGGGUCUCACAUCUCACAGUACAUUAUAAAACUCAUACAGAUAAAAGGACACAUGCAUGUAAGGUGUGUGGGAAGGCCUUUAGUCAUUGCUCACAACUGAUUCGACAUCAGGUGAUCCAUUCGAAGGAAAGGCCCUUCGAGUAUAAGGGACGUGGGAGGAGCAUAAAUCACGAUCAGAGACUGCGCAAUAGAGGAACACGUAUGAACAUGUGCAGCGCCGCCCUCACGACGGAGUACUCUCUAAGCCACGCCCCUCACCUCACGCUGCGGAGAACCCUUUCCCCGCAAGCCCCGCCCCUUCAGACACGGCUGAGAACCGCCCCUUCCUCAAGCCCCGCCCUCCCCUCGGACUCGCCGCCCUCACCAUUGACUGCACCGAGGUCCCGCCCCUCCGCAAGCCCCGCCCCUCCACGCUCUGCAGAGAGCCCCGCCCUGCUGGAUAAACCCCCGCUCCUCGCCUCCACGCAGCCUCGCUUUCACCCUGCACAGAAACAGCUCUUGCUCCCCGAGACCCGCCUCUCACCUAGGACUUCUCUGGGCCGGACACGCCCCCACCUCAGCCCGCCUUUCUUCCUGGGGGACACGCCCCCACGCUAA